UCUGUGCACGAAGGAAUGAAUGGUCAUGCUAGGAACAUGCUUUGGCAGGCCCACAGAACACAGCCAACGGCCAUGGUGCUCCUGACCCUUAUCCUGUUAGCCAUGAACGAGUUUGGGAAUGGAACAGCUCAAUGCAUUGAGAAGAGCUGCAGCAAGAAUCUUCACAAGGGCAUAAAGCUCAGCAAGUUUGUCAAAAGGGCCACUGCAGAAUUAAUAAAGACAUACCAAGCCGCUCAGGGCAACUUUGCAGAGCAAUUCUGCACAAUGUCGAUGGACAGCAUGCCGUCAUCGACGCUGUGGGGCAGCAGCCCAGCCGAGCGUCUGCAGAGUGCCUACAUCCGCCUGACGGAGCUCCUGCCGCAUGUCACGAUGGUCCUGCAGCAGCAGAGCGACCUGAAUCCCUAUUUGGGCUCUCUGCUCUCUGACUUGGCCAGGCUUGUCAUUCACGGCAGGCACCUGGCCUUGAGGCUGAGCUGUAUCCUGCAGAAGCUGCAACCUAACGUCGCUCUGCCUGAGCCAGCUGUGGGACCCACUGCACUGCUGCCCCCACAGAACAUCUUCCAGCAGAAGGUCUAUGGUUGUGCGGUCCUCACCAGGGUCCAAAAGCUCACAUUACUGACUGCCAGGGAACUGAAGUCACUCAGGGGCCAGUGUACAGACAAAACUUAGAGGAUGUCAAAGAACUUUUGAGUCACAGCUGGGAACUUACGAUUUAUGAGUUUGUCUAUUUUAUUUAUUGACUAUUUAUUUUUUGUACAUUUUUUCUGUAAAUAUCAGUUGCUAUAAAGAAAAGGGGCUGCAUGUUUAAUGUUGUCACUCUUCUGAUAUAUUUAUUAAAUUAAUUUAUUACUCUUAAUUUUAAUUAAUAUAUUAUUUGGAGAUACAAAGUCUUCCCAAAUCACUUUGAACAUUAAUUUUGUAUCAUACCAGUUCUGGCAAUGACAGUACAUCUUAUCUGCUUAUCAAAAUUUUCAUGUGGCUGUAAAGGGUUUCUGUCAAGCAUUGUUUAUUUAAGCAUGACUUCAGUUAUUUGCAUCAGAUAUAUUGUAUCUCAGGUAGACACAGGGCUCUGACGUACAAUCACACUUUGAUCUUAACUAUGAUUCCUUGUUAUUGCACAGAGAGUCAUGUAUGUUGUCACAGAUGACUACUUGAAAAGAGCAGAUAUGAUGUAAGGUAUUAGCCAUAUUGGCUUUUGUGGUAUGUUCUUGGGAGUUGGCUGACAUAAA